GGGCUAUAUUUUGGAUCAACUUCCGAAUUGCAUUUAAGCUCAUUGAAGAUUUAUAUGGCUAGGUUGAAGCUGUGAAAGAUCUCUAAAUGCUUGCCCGCGGGACUGAGGACCCGCCCUCCGGAGUCGGCGCGGGUUCAAGCAUUUUCAGUGCAUAUGGGAGAAGUUCAGCUCAAUCAAUGACUCAGGCCCUUUUGUGACUCUUCAACACAACACAGACCCCACGUUGUCUUCAUAAAAGGUGUGGUGUAAACACACUGCACAGUCCAGGACCAAACUCUCAGUCAAGAUUUGCCCGCCAUGUCGCCCUUCAACCUCGAAACAUGCGCCCGGCCGAACAUUCUGGCGCUUGAGCCUUAUCGCUGUGCGCGCGACGACUACAAAGACGACGGCACCAACAUCCUGCUCGACGCCAACGAAAACGCCUACGGCCCUGCCAUCUCCCGCCCCAACAACAGCAACAACAACAACAAUGACUCCAGCGUUACCAACCGCCCCUCAUCAGGCCCGUCCCUGGAUCUGACGACGCUGCACCGGUACCCGGACCCUCACCAGGCCACGCUCAAGCAGCUGCUGUGCGACCUGCGGACCACGCACGCCCACACGGCCAAGACGCUCACGCCGGCCAACUUGUUCGUGGGCGUCGGCUCCGACGAGGCCAUCGACGCGCUCCUCCGCUGCUUCUGCGUGCCGGGCCGCGACAAGAUCCUGGUCUGCCCGCCCACCUACGGCAUGUACUCGGUCUCGGCGCAGGUCAACGACGUGGGGCUGGUCAAGGUCCCGCUGCUGCCCGGCCCCGGAUUCGACGUCGACGUCCCCGCCGUGACGGCCGCGCUGUCCGAUCCGGAGAAGAGUCGGACCAUCAAGAUGGUGUACCUCUGCUCGCCGGGCAACCCGACGGGGUCGCUGCUCAGGAAGGAGGACGUGCGGGCCGUGCUGGAGCACCCGACGUGGAACGGGGUGGUGGUGGUGGACGAGGCGUACGUGGACUUUGCGGCGCCCGAGGCGAGCCUGGCCGAGUGGGUGGUCGAGUGGCCGAACCUGGUGGUGCUGCAGACGCUGAGCAAGGCGUUCGGCCUGGCGGGGAUACGGCUGGGCGCGGCCUUCGCGUCGGCGCCGAUCGCGCGCCUGCUGAACAGCCUGAAGGCGCCGUACAACGUCUCGAGCCUGACGGCGGCGGUUGCCGAGUAUGCGCUUUCCGGGGAGGGUUUGGAGAAGAUGAGGGAGAACAGGGGGAAGUUGGUUGCGCAGAGGGAGAGGAUGAUCAGGGAGAUGCCCAAAAUUGAAGGGGUGGGACGGCUGAGGGGCGGGACGUAUAGCAAUUUCCUGCUGUACGAGAUGCUGGAUAAGGAUGGCAAGCCGGAUAAUGUCACGGCGCUGGCGGUGUACGAGAGACUGGCCGAGUUUAAGGGCGUGGUGGUCCGCUUCCGGGGCAAGGAACACGGCUGUCUGGGAUGCUUGAGGAUCACGGUCGGCACGGAGGACGAGGUGACGCGGUUCUUGGCAUCGCUGGAGCGGACGUUGGCCGAAGUCCGCGGCACGGCGCCGGCCGCGGAUGAGGACGAAAAGGAGGCGGCGGCGAGCGGGGUGGUUGCUUAAGGAUCAUUCCUUAGACCGAUAGAAACGUGCUUGCUUGCUUGUCAUUGCCUGCCUUACCUACCUUAGAUAUCACACAGCUUUGCAUCUGACG